AUGUGGCCCUGCUUUGGCUUACACACUCUUCUUGUAGUGACUGUUGCCCUGAGUCCUGUGACUGUUGUGGCACAGAGUGAAAACGAUGUCACUGGAGAUGUCUAUCCCCCUCUGUGGGACCUGGCCCCUGAAAACCUGCUGGAUUUCCCAGUAAAGGACAACAAAAUUGUCAUCAGCGCUUGGAACUAUCAAGAUCGACUGGGAGUGUAUAAGAGCUUGCUGAAUGCUUCAGCCAAAUAUUUUGAUGCAUUUGGACCCAAAAACAGUGGCAAUAUUCUCUGGGGAUUACCACUGCAGCAUGGGUGGCAAUUUCGUACAGGUAGGUUAGCAGACCCUUCUGGUGUGACUUCCUGUGGCUAUGAAAAUGGAGAGAUCCUGUGCCAAUCUGUAAGAAGCUGGUGGUCCUGUAUGAAUUACUAUCUGUCCAUUAUACCCUUUCUGGGGGCAGUGGAGGCUGGUCUCUUUGGGCAGCUGCCAUAUGAGAUAGAAAUAUUGCCACCAGAGGAGCAAAAAGAUGAUUUCUGUUACAGUGUUAAGGACUGCUGGUCUCGCAUGCCCAAGCUCAUGGAUGACUGGAAGGCCUUUUUUGAAUAUCUGUUAUCUACAGAACACAAGGUUCUGAGGUCUGCCAGCCUCUCCUCCUUCAAACUGGACGAUGCCCUUGGCCUCAUGUGGAAGGCUCACACCUCCUCCAUUGCUUAUGCACUCCCCAAAUUCCAGGACAGCUUAAAAUAUCUCUCUGAUCCAGAAGCAAAUUUUGGUGAAGACUGGGCUAAUGCUGUAGAUUUCAUUGCCGCCACACACUUCAGUACAGACUUAGUGACCACAAACGAGUUCCAGGCUUUCCUGCCCCAGAGGAUGCUUGUUAAAGGGGAUGUUCUCCCAUCCAUUAGUGACUUCAGUCCAGAGCAAAAUAAGGUCCUGGUAUCACUGAGAGCUCUUCACAAAGUAAAUAAAAUGACAGGAGGAGUGCUGCUGAAGCUCUGGCAAAAGGCUAUGUCCACCGAAGCAGGAAGACAAAAGGGCCGAGAGCUGAUUGAAAGCUUGUCUGGGAGCCAGAAGUUCGAACUCCUUGACCUAAUAGGGUUUUAG